AUGGCAUUCAAAUUUGUAGCUUUCGUCACCUUUUUGGCCGCCGCCAAUGCCGGAGUCAUCAGCACUCAAUACGCUGCCGCCCCAUUGGCUUACUCUGCUGCCCCAGUUGCUAAAUUGGCUUACUCCGCCCCAGUGGUAGCUAAGGUUGCUGAGGAAUACGACCCAAACCCACAAUACUCUUACGGAUACGAUGUCCAAGAUGCUUUGACCGGAGACAACAAGCAACAGCAAGAAACCCGCAACGGAGAUGCCGUUCAAGGUAGCUACUCUCUCGUUGAUGCUGACGGUUUCAAGAGGACUGUAGAAUACACCGCUGACCCAAUCCAUGGAUUCAACGCUGUAGUCCACCGUGAACCUUUGGUAGCUAAAGUAGCUGCCCCAGUUGCUUAUGCCGCCCCAGUAGCUAAAGUAGCUUACUCCGCCCCAUUGUCCUACGCCGCCCCAGUAGCUAAAGUAGCUUACGCCGCCGCCCCAGCCCACUACUACCACCACUAA